GCCCCGCCCCCACGUCCCCAGCCCCGCCCCGAAGUUUGAGGGGUGUGGAUGGUUUGUGACCCCCUCACCGGACUCUACCCCUAUGGGCUGGGAGAACUGAGCUUGGCCGCCAGGGACCAGGUGGCCUUUCGUCUCGGGUGGGCCCACCGACUCCUCUCCAGCGCCGCGGGAAUAGGGCCGCCCCACGCGGAGCCUUCGCCUCAGAAAAGGCAGAGUCGGGACCCCUCCUCACCGCGCGUCAGGGUCGCCCACAGACUGAGGAGACACCAGAGGCCUCUGGGGCGGGAGACCAGGGGUCCUGCCCGGCCCCUGCCCACGAAAGUGCCCUGUGUCUGUGCCAGUCGUUUUCGCUUCUGUUCACCGCAGUUUCCUUUUCUGUAAAUCAGGGUUGGUGACAUUAACCAUCCUUACCAUUAGGGGCUAGUUGUGGGAGCGAUAAGUAAUUGCUGCCAUUUAUUUAUUGAACCAUUGCAAUGUGCCAGACACUGUGCUAAGUAUUUUGCUUCGAUGAUUUCCCGUCACCGUCAAAACAACCUUAUGAGUGUCGACCCAGUCAGCAGCCAGGCCAUGGAGCUCUCUGAUGUCACCCUCAUUGAGGGUGUGGGUAAUGAGGUGACUGUGGUGGCAGGUGUGGUGGUGCUGAUUCUAGCCUUGGUCCUAGCUUGGCUCUCUACCUACGUAGCAGACAGCGGUAGCAACCAGCUCCUGGGCACCAUUGUGUCAGCUGGAGACACAUCCGUCCUCCACCUGGGGCAUGUGGACCAUCUAGUAGCAGGCCAAGGCACCCCAGAGCCAACCGAACUCCCCCAUCCAUCCGAGGGUAAUGAUGAGAAGGCUGAAGAGGCUGGCGAAGGUGGGGGAGACUCCACAGGGGAGCCUGGAGCUGGGGGUGGUAUUGAGCCGAGCCUUGAGCAUCUGCUUGACAUCCAAGGCCUUCCCAAAAGACAAGCGGGCCCAGAAAGCAGCAGUCCAGAGGCCCCUCUGAGAUCUGAGGAUAGCAGCUGCCUCCCUCCCAGCCCUGGCCUCAUCAGUGUGCGGCUCAAAUUCCUCAAUGACACCGAGGAGCUGGCUGUGGCCAGGCCGGAGGAUACUGUGGGUGCCCUGAAGAGUAAAUACUUCCCUGGACAAGAAAGCCAGAUGAAACUGAUCUACCAGGGCCGUCUGCUGCAGGAUCCGGCCCGCACACUGCGUUCCCUGAACAUUACCGACAACUGUGUGAUUCACUGCCACCGCUCGCCCCCAGGGUCAGCUGUUCCAGGCCCUUCAGCCUCCCUGGCCCCCUCUUCAGCCACCGAACCCCCCAGCCUCGGCGUCAGUGUGGGCAGCCUCAUGGUGCCUGUGUUUGUGGUGCUGUUGGGUGUGGUCUGGUACUUCCGUAUCAAUUACCGCCAGUUCUUCACAGCACCUGCCACGGUCUCCCUGGUGGGGGUCACUGUCUUCUUCAGCUUCCUAGUAUUUGGGAUGUAUGGACGAUAAGGACAUAGGGAGAAAAUGAAAGGCAUGGUCUUCCUCCUUUAUGGCCUCCCUCCUUUCCUGGCCGGAGCUGGGCCCAAGGGCUUGGGAGGGAGGGGUGGAAAGGAUGUGCCAGGUCCUCCUCCAUAGGACAUAGGAGGCAGGUACAGGGCCUCCACUUCACGUCCACAAGGGUACCGACAUCCCAUCUCUGUGCAAGCACAACUCAGGUAGAAACAAGGAUGUCAUCUUCUUUCCCUUUUAGGGUCCUAAAGUUCAGAGCUGAGCUGGUAGCCCAGCUCGGUGGGGGAGCCUGGGCUCCGAGGAUUCCCUCCCAGCUGUGGCCCUAGCUCUUUCCAUUGUCCUGCAUGUCUGCUCUUCAGUACCCAGGGCCGCCUGCCAGGGCAGCUCAGCAUGGCCCCAGCAUACUUCUGGAGGGAGCCUGGAGUAUUUUUCUGUUUCUUAAGGGAAUAUCCACCUUUUGAGACUAGAAGUCACGCAGCAGGAAUGAAGGUCGUGUCUGCUUUCUAUAUAGGCACCUAGCCACCUCUACCUUCUCCCUCCACCCCUGUAGCAGGAAUAGGAUGUUCUCUGUGUUCUGGAUAGUUUCCAGCGUUCUCCCCUUUUUUGAAAGCACUUUGCUUUUUUUUUCCUCUUUUUUUUAAUAGUCUUUUAUAGAGCUCAGUCAGAAAGGGGAUUGGGGCACAAAGCCAAGCCCCCAGCAUUGGGAGAGGCCAAGCCACAGCUGCUGCUACCCUAGGCCUAAGGCUGUAAGCGAGAGACAGCUCUGGCCCUCAGCCAGUGUCCUGCCCUGCCCAGCUCCAAGGACGAGCUCUGGGUAUGGAGCCCUGGGCCCCAGGCCCUUGCCUCUGGGGUUCUUGGAUGGUCAGUGUCUGUGACUAAAUAAAGUUCCAUUUUGUGGCU